CGAGGCCACUUCAGCAGAUUCUCUGAAGGUAUUAGUUUUAUUAAAUUGAUGCUUGAAAACUGAAUUUUAUUUAAAAAUCUAUAAGUAUAUAUAUAUUAUGGAUUCAAACAAAAUGUAUAUUUUGGAUUACGAAGAAGUAUGCAGACUUGAAGAAGUUUUAGGAAGUGUCAUACAGGUUCACGGUCGAGGAAACUUUCCUACUUUAGAAGUUAAACCAAAAGACUUCAUCAAGCAACUGACUGCAAAAUUAUUACUUCAAGAACUUAGUAUAACAGAUUAUAGACUUAAUGGUAGUACCGCCAGUUAUGUUUUAAAUGGACAAAAUGAAGAUCACGAUAACUAUACUUAUAAUGACUUAGACUUGAUUUUUAAUAUAAAUCUAAAAUCUUCGUCAGAUUUUAUGAAAGUUAAAGAUAGUGUUCUUGAAACGUUGAUGGACUUCUUACCAGCUGAGGUAUCUAAAGAAAGAAUGUCUGGUUGUACUAUGAACGAAGCAUAUGUAAGAAAAAUGGUUAAAAUUACAAACAAACAAGAUAACUGGUCUUUAAUUUCUCUUACAAAUGACCAAGGUCGUAAUAUUGAACUUAAAUUUGUGGAUUCCAUGAAAAGAAAGUUUGAAUUUUCUGUUGAUUCAUUUCAAAUUUUGUUGGACUCAUUGAUAAAAUUUCAGGAUCUUCAAAACGAUAUAAAAAUGUCACCAACUUUAUAUCCAUCAGUUAAAGCUGAGUCAGUUUAUGGUGACUUUGAGGAAGCAAGAUAUCAUUUAAGAAAUAAACUAAUAGCUACAAAGAAUCCUGAAGAAAUUAGAGGUGGUGGAUUGAUGAAGUAUUGCAGUUUGUUAUGUAGAGACUUUAAACCUGUUUCUGAAGAAAUUAGAAACAUGGAAAAAUACAUGUGUAGCAGAUUUUUUAUUGACUUCAAGGAUGUGCCUUCACAACAGCAAAAACUAGAAAGGUAUUUACAAAGCCACGAUUUAGAGAACAAUAAUAAGCGAUAUAAAUACCUAACAAUACUUCAUAAUGUUAUUGAAAAGUCAACCGUUUGUUUAAUGGGACAUGAGAGGCGACAGACUCUUUGUAUGAUAACAAAUCUUACUAAUCAAGUCUAUCAACCUUCAAACUAUCAGCACAUAACUGUUUUUUAUUCUGUUCCUCCUUACAUGCAUUCUUAUACUGACAACUACAGGCACACAUAUUACCCGACUCAACAUUAUGCAAUUCCAAAUAAUAGGAAUAAUGAAUAUGUUUUAAUUGGUUCAUGGAAUACUCCUGAAGUAGCUUCAUAUUCAUGCUAAUGUUGUUUUUUUUUAAGAAGUUACGUGUUUAUAAAAGCCUACCAAAAAAGUACAACUAGCAUUUUAAUUGUUUUCGUCUUUUGUAAGAAAUAUGGGGUUAGGCUCUAAACAAUUUUGUGUUGAAAAAUCUUAAAUCAAAAUAUAAAUAUAGUUUAGCGUUGGCAAUAGUAAAGAUUUAUUUUAGGUUAUUUUUUCUACUUUGUAGUAUAGUAACUGCUUUGUGAUAUUUAAACACAAUUCACAUGAACCAAUGUCAAAAUGGUGUUGGUUAAACUUUUUUUUUUUUUUUUUUUUUUUUUAUAUAUAUAUAUAUUGCUUUUAAUAUUUGACAUUAAUUUUGUCAUCUGAGUUUCAUUUAAAGAUUUGUUGUUUUACAUCUUGUGCAUUCAACCAUUUCAAUACUUUCGUUUUGAGUGUUUCUAUUGCAAAGGAUGCAGAGAAAACUAUGCUGAAGGUUUGCAAAUUUUGAGUUGUACUUUUUUGAAUUCUAUAUAGAAGUCUAGUUUGUUAAUAUCUAACAAAUGGAUUUUCAAAACCUCCAAGAGGAUUUUAAAAAAUUAAAUCAUAUUUUGGUCAUCUUGUAUAAGGGUUUUAUCAGCCCAUGCUCAAGAUCUUUUAUUUUAUUUUUUUUAGUUUAGAAAUCGUGUUCAAAAAGAGCUUCUUUUUUUUUAAUCUGGCUAAAUUUUUUAUUUAUCACCAAUAUUUCGUAAAAAGAGAUUUGUAAGCUCGAGAAGUUUUGUUCUUAUAAUUUAACUUUAUUUUUAAAGUAAUAUUUAGUAUCGUCGAACGAUAGUGUUAAAAAAUUAUUGUAAUUGUUAUAACAGAAAUAUCCAUUGGGUGACUUUAUUUACUUUUUUUUAGAGUUUUCAAGCGCAUGCUGACAUAAAUAUUAUGUAAACCAGAGUUAUUUUUAUAAUUAGUAAACAUGUAAAAACCAAAUUUUAUAACUGGAAAUAAAAAGACAAAUUGUGAAUAUGUGAAGUUUAUCGUUUGUGGAUUUUUUUUAGACGUUUUUUUAUUAUUAUCUCGUACGCUUUUAUGAACCAAUUUGGAUUACUCAUUUUUUUAAGAUUUGAUUACUAAUACUAGACUAAUUUUAUAUUAGCUUUUA